AUGUUCCGAACAUUUUCCAAGUCUUCUUUUCUUUCUUUAAACUCCCGCACAACACCCUCUGCCCGACUCCAGCGCCCAACAUACCGAUCAUUCUCCGGUACCCCGAAGAGACCUCAAUAUAAGACGUACUUCGCUGAAACAAGUGAAUCCGCACCGCCUCCACCUCCCAAGCGCUCUCUUAUUCGCCGCUUCAUAGGAUUCAGCGCAAUCGCCUUCUUCAGCUUCAACGCAGGAUUUCUCGUCAAAACCGGCCUCACCCUCGCAGAAAUUAUGGAAAAUCAAGUCCCCACAGAUGAAGAGACCCUGACGGCCUUCGUGCCCACCGACUCCGUGAUCGCGGAGAUCGACCACAAUAUUCGCACACACCCGGAAGCAGAGGCCCUCCGCGCCAAUCCCUUAUUCACCGAAGCGCGCCCACACCUCAAGAUCCCCGAAGUCAUGCGCGAGCGCAGCCUGACGGCCGGCACGCUGACCGGGCCGGGGAAGAUCGUCGUGCCGCCGUACGUAUUCAGCGAGGCUGACGGCAAGAGCAUGGUGUCGCUUAUGUACCUUGGCUCUGAUGUCUGCGGGCACCCGGGGAUUGUGCACGGUGGUCUGCUGGCUACGUUGUUGGACGAGGGCAUGGCGCGUUGCUGCUUCCCCGCGCUGCCUAAUAAGGUUGCUGUUACGGCGAACCUGAACAUUGAUUAUCGGGCUCCUGCGAUGGCGGACCAGUACGUUGCUCUACGGGCUGAGACUGUCAAGGUCGAGGGUCGUAAGGCGUGGGUACAGGCUCGCAUUGAGACUUUCCCGAUGGAUGAUAAGGAGCCCGUUGUCUUGGUUGAGGCGACCGCUCUGUUCAUUGAGCCUAGACAAGCUGCUGUAAGUUCAUGUUGA